AUGGCGCGCACGAAGGUAGCGCUGCGCUCCGUCAUCGCUCCGCUCGUCGUCGUGAUACCGCUUCUGCUCCUCGCCGCGCACGGCACGCAUGGCCGCCAGCUCCUCGCUGCGCCUGCCAAUUUGGCCUCCGAUGGGAUCUCACCGCGGGAAUCCGAUGUCGGAGCGGUCCUGCGAAUGUGGAGACAUUCUGCAGUCUCCGGGGACAGCUCGUGCGAGCAGUCCUACGGGGUGCUACCCUGCACGACCACGGUGCUGGGGAAUCUCUUCCUCCUGCUGGUGUACGGGUACCUGAUGUUCCUGGCGGCCACCUACAUGUCCAAUGGCAGCGAAUUGCUUCUCGAGAUCCUCGGACCCGGCAUCAUCGGCGGCCUUUUCCUUCCGGCGCUCGGCGCCCUCCCCGACGCGAUCCUUAUUCUAGGCAAGCUGGCCCGCUCCUCUGCUUUUCUUUGCUCGUCUUCCUCCAGCUGAUUCGCCCCCGGGGUGCCGCGUUUUAGCUUCCUGAACUUCGUUUUCCUUCGUGGGCCCUCGUACUUUCCAUUUCUAAGCGUGCAUUCCCGACAGAUUCGACAACUGUUUGGGGAGUAUCUUUUCUUCUGACCGUUUCUGCGUGAUUUUUCUUUCUGGGUAAUUUCUUUUUCGGGUCAGAUAUUAAUCUGGUCGGUAAUUAGCUUGGGUUCCCCUAAUCAGGGGCAGAUCUUGUGUUUUUUCAUUACUUUUUGAGGCAGAUAUUUAUUCUGCACAGGAAAUUACCAUCCCUCUCGGAUUUAGUCCUGCAAAAGCCUUUUCCCCUUUGAAUCGUUUGCCGAAAGCUUCUAAGCGUUGGCCUCGGAAAAGGAGAAGGAAAAAGGGUUCUGUUGCUGAUACCGUCGCCUCUUACUCUGAUUAAGAAGUCAAGGCAGCCGAGACGUAGAUCUGAUCCAAUAAGUCACCGAGCUUCUUGUGUACGAGAGUGACGCCGGUUUCUACAAUUAAUCUGCAGAAUUCCGAACAGUUCAUCAAGAAAAUUUCGAUUCUAAGCGUCACACGUAAAAGCCCGAGAGCCUUUUCACGAGAAGUCCUUUUGAUAUCGUGUCAAAAGCACCACAUCCGUCGUAGAAAUGCAGACCAGAACAUGACUUGAUCAUCCAUGGCUGCCUAUGCACACUGAAUCGUCAUUUAUAUGAGCUUAUCAUUUCAUAAGUCGUUUUCUACUCGAUCAGUGAUGGUUAAACACAUAUCCGCGGCUGUUCAACCGGAGAGAUUCUUUGUUUGGAGGAAGGGGGAUUCCACCUGCGGUUGGGACGUUAGGUGGGGGACACACCCGUCUGUCCUUGGCAGAUUGACAAAUUCGAUGAGGCGAUCCACUUAUUGUUCUGCAUUCGGGUCACAUUAGACGAAGGAACAGUUUGUUCUGCAUGCGGCUGAUUGUGUUUGAAGAUUUUGGCCUAAAUGACAUGUGUCGGACAGGGUUGGUCGGUAGCAAGUGCGGCCGGAUCAUCAAUGAAAGCUGACGACGACACAAAGUGGUUGAUCGCCUCACCAUGGAUCCACCACAAGCUACUCUUGCCGUUUCCCAUCUCCGCAUUUGUUCUUACUCUAUUUAUAUGGGCUGUCUCAAGCCGUUCUGAGUAUUGGUGCUUAAGUAUGAUCUUGGACCGCUGGUGCAACAACAGGUUGAACACGUCACUUGUCAGUCAGUUGCCAACACCAUGUGGCUGUCCUGUCCAUUUAUCGGUCGGUUAUCAAAGAAAAUGGUAAUUUAAUAGUGGGUCGAACAGUUAUCCUCUUCUCCUGCUGGCAAACCAAUAGGUUCCUUUUUCGAUUCCUCACCUCUAAGGAAACUAUUUAACCGAAGUUAUGUGGAAUGGAAACCUUCAGGAAUGGUCCUUGCUAGUCAUGCUGACUGCAAUUUGGUCUCCUCUCGUCUCCUUAUAUUUUUUUAAUUAAAAUUUCCUUGAAUUAUCCGCCUUGUUCACACAUUAUGUUCAUAUCAAAUGAUCUCAAUAUUUUGGUAUUCAAAGCAUUUAUUGAACGACUCGUGUAUAUCUUUCUUGAUGGCAAAGUAAUGUUUUCCUCUUGUAUUUGUUAAUAUUCCGAUCACCAGAAAGGCAACUCACGUUCGGACGGUAUGUUCUAUACAGUUUCUGGACUCUCUGGAACUAAGGAGACUGCGCAACAGCAGGUCUUGAUUGGGAUGGGCUUGCUUGCCGGCUCAACUGUCAUGCUUUUGACAAUACUCUGGGGCUCCUGUGUUGUUGUUGGCAAAUGUGAUCUUUCUGAGAAUUCAACGGCAAUUGAUUCCCAAAACACCAGAAAAUUCAGCCUAUUUGGUAUACUCCUCAUUAUAUUUGCUCUUGUUUAUCGUUCAUAUAGACUUCGUGCAUGCGUGAGAAUCAUACGCUAAUUUAUGAGAUAUGAUCGCACUCCGAAAUUAUUAUUUUAUCUGUGUAUUUGGGUUUCAGGAAUUGACAGAAAGGAAUUCUGUUUUGAAAAACUGUGGGGUGGUUUAAAGUUUCUCACCGGGAACGUUUAAAACAGCCAGGUCUAAUCUGAUACAACUAAAACACAUAAGAUGAAUAGAAAAUGGCUUUCCAGUUCUCGUUAAGAUGAUUUUCAAUCCUUGAUCUUUUCACCUCCCUGUCGCAUGAACUGUCAGGACCCCCUGUCUAUAUCUCUCGUAUGUGAGAUGUGUGUCUACAGAAGAAGCUUAAGGUAGAUCUUAUAUUCAAAAGAGAGGCUAAAUGCAGGAAUCUACCGGGAAAAGCAAGAAUGGCUCUUGUUAGAUACUCUUUCUUUGAUUUUAAAUCUCUAUAAGAUGACUGGAAGGCCUUCUUUGGAUUUCUAGUUCCGUUUCUAAAUUCUAGUGAUUUCUACAAUCUCCGAAAUCUGAAUGUUUUGCUUAUGACGAACAAACCCCGUGCGAACGCUACUUAAAAUAAGCGUUAGAUAUUUUGCCAUCUUGACUUUACUGAUAUUCCUAUUUGUUUUUUUUUUUUUGAAACGCUGAAUAGGUUCUGGGAUCUCUACUGACAUUCAGACCAGCUACGCCGCAAGGAUCAUGAUCAUCUCUGUUGUCCCAUUUAUCAUCACGCAACUGCCGGCGAUUUUCAAAUUCUCCUCUGGAAACCGAUUGACAGUCUUGAUUGCCCUCAUUGUUUCCAUUGGUCUUCUCAUUUCUUAUUGCCUAUAUCAGGUAAAGUCCGAUAAACAGUAAUCAUGAGGGCGUAGCUGAUCCGAUAAACAGUGAUCAGUUGUCCGAUACAGCAUGAGACUAUCAUUACCCAUUCUGAUCUAGUCAUUACGUGAACUAGAUCCUUGAUGGGAAAAUGCUUUUUCCAUUGUCUUCAUCUCUGAUUUUAUAGUUUCUGGAGAGGUUACCAAGCCAUCCAACUAAAAACUCUACCAGCUGUAGGCUUAGUGUACCAAUCUUUGUAAUCGCUCUUUUCUCAUUGUACCAACCAAUGGAAAACUGUUCUCUGUCAACUAGUAAAACACGAGACUAUUCUCUUCACUAACAGGUUUUUUUUUUCUAGUAUAAUCAGAAAAUUGUUCUCCUUCGCCAUCACCUGAGUUUCUGCAUGCAUCAUAAUUCAUAUACGACAGCAUUAUCUCUUCAGGAAAGCAAAACCAUCUAUAUUUGAUUCGGAGCAAACCCAUGUUAGAGAGCAGAUUUUUUUAAUCACUCUGGAAAGAAAAAGAAAAAAGGGUCUUUCCUAGAUCAAUGCGACCUCAUGCAUGUCCUCGAAUGUGAUUCAGGUUUUCCAGCCGUGGAUCCAGCAGAGAAGGCUGGCAUAUGCUAAACGAAAGCACAUAAUAUCCGGAAUACUGAUAGCAGCGCAGAGGAGGGCCCUCGGCCGGCUUUUGUACGAUGAUGGUUCACCUAACAAAGAUGUCAUUGAGAAGUCGGUGUUCCUUUUUCAUCACAGAAGUUCUUAGUCCUGUCUAAUAGCUAUCGUGCCUGAACCAUGUAUAACACCUCCAUGUGAUUACAGGAUAUUUCACGCUGUAGAUGAGGACAAAAACGGGUCUCUUUCUCACUCUGAGUUAAAAGCCCUGGUCGUCGGUAUCCAGUUCGAAAUGAUGGACUUGACGAGCGCUGACGACGCUGCGGAGAAAGUUAUGAGGGAUUUCGAUACGUCAAAUGAUGGAAACAUCGAUCAAGAUGAAUUCGUAAGGGGCAUGUGCAAGUGGCUUGAUGAGGCCAAGAGCUCGGUCUCUAACUCUCAAAAUUACUCUAAAAAGUUCUUCGACGACUUCCACGCGGUAAGCCACGUUGUGAUUUCUGUAUUUUUUCGCUUGUGAUAUUUAGAAUGUGCUUCCAUGAGAUUUCCAAGGAUACCUGUGCAGAGAGCCACAGAAGAACACAGCUUGCUGCAGGACAGGGGCGAUGAAGCUGUAGAGAGCGUUGACGAUGCUAACUGGAUAACCUUUAAGGCUGUGUUGCUGUUGCUUCUUGGUGCGGGGAUCGCGGUUCUAUUUGCUGAUCCUCUCGUCGAUGCUGUCGACAAUUUCUCGGAUGCGACGGGCAUACCGUCGUUCUUCAUAUCAUUCAUUGCGAUGCCAUUGGCGACUAAUUCCAGUGAGGGUGUGUCGGCCAUCAUCUUUGCCAGCAGGAAGAAACAAAGAACAUCUUCGUUGACAUUCUCCGAGGUUUGCUUGCUUCAUGCCUUCUAUACCUGGUGCUUGAUUAGCAUUACUUGUGCGGCCAUGCCUGGUUGCAAUGGAAGCUCUUCAGUCUCUUGUUGAAUUCCAUCGGUUCAUAUUCGAUUUCUCUAUGCAUGUUUAUACAUUGCAACCGGAGACAUUAGUAAAUAAUAUAUAUAUUUGUUAAUAGUUAUUCGAUCAUCAUUUCCAUCUUUGGGCAUAUUCUGCUUUACAAUAAGUUAGCAGCGGAUUUUCUGGAAGAAGUUGAGCUGAUCCUGUGCUCAUGCUGCUGCAGAUCUAUGGCGCGGUAACCAUGAACAACACGCUUUGCCUCUCUGUGUUCCUGGCAAUCGUCUACAUCCGGCAUCUAACCUGGGACUUCUCAUCCGAAGUGCUGAUAAUUUUGAUCGUUUGCAUUGUAAUGGGUCUCGUGGCAAGCUUCCGCAGGACCUUCCCGCUGUGGACGUCCUUCGUCGCUUUCCUCUUAUAUCCCUUGUCCCUGGUGCUCGUCUACGUUCUUGACUAUGUCUUCGGCUGGUCAUAG